AUGGCGUCUGCCAAGCAACCUGAACUGGCGUCCGCCAUGAAGCCCGCUGUCGCUGGUAUCUGUUAUGACUCUCCAGAUUGGGAACAGUUGCCCGCCACCCCGAUUCUUAGCAUCCUGCAAUUGAAAUUUGUUUCAGAGGUCAAUUUGGAGGAUAUCUCACAGACAGUCUCAGUUCUUUGGCGAAAGUCUGUCGAAUUUGUGUCGACUAUUCCUGGCUUCCAAGAACUAUACUGGGCGCCCGUCGACCAAAGUGCAGCCACGAUCAUGGUUUUGAUCCAAUGGGACAGUGGGAAGGCUUGGAGUCGGUUCCAGUGUUCCUUGGGCUUUACCAUGCUUCUGGGAUACCUGGAAAACGUUACGAACCGCUGUAUGCAGCUUACUCUUCCUGAUUUUCUCUCUACUGGCUUUUGCUUAGAGUUAUUUUCCUACAACUUCCCGGUCUCGCAAAACGCACCCGAGGAACGUCAAUCCGACUUCAAAGCACGUUGGAAUUCAUUGUUCGAUGUACACUCAAUGCAUAACAUGAUAUUCGCCUAUGGAGGGUGGAUAGAAGACGAUUAUCGAAGUUAUAAAAAGGGAAUUUGUAUUCCAGCCCUUCUUGUAGAAGGCUUUAAGGUCGAGAACCAUUAUUUUGGUGGCUUCGUGUUCAAGAAAACUAAUACUCUCCUACAAAUUUCCCAUGAAAUCAUCGAUCAACUUGCAGUUCUAGCAAGUGAGGCGACUUAUAUGGCCACUUGCAAGACUAAACAAAUGCGCUAUGAAGGAAGGGAUCUUGCGACCAAAAAGCCAUCGCCUAGCCUUCCUUCCAACCAAUCCACUUGGAGAUACCCGCUUUUGGGUACGCCAGUGAAUCGGCAAUGCGACCUGGAGGAUUCUGAUCGUCUCGACCCUGAAGAUCGAGUACAUAUACAAUCAAUCGAAGAGUCGUUUGUUCGCGGGAAUAAACGCCUUGUGCAUAGUCCAGCCGGUACUUGGACACAGAUGGGGUCUUUAAACCAGUACGAAGUGGAUAAUCAUGUGCCCAUACGUACUCGUGAAUCGAAAGCCGUACUGGAAGUGAUCUCUUUCCGGCUUUUGCACCCCAGUUCCUCUUUCGACAAUUUGUUCGCUGGAUUUCGAGUUGCCGUUUGGAAACUACGAGACAACCCUGGCCUCUGGCGAGCCUCCGAUAACGAUGAUCCCUCCCAAAUUUUCCUACUAGCAAAUCUCGGCGAUAUAAAGUCCGCAUCGUGGGGGGAUAAGGAACGUUUUCAUCGCCUUAUUCACGAUUUUGAAUUUGCAUGCAGAGGUACAAUUGAAGAUCUAUCAUAUAUGCAAAUUCCCGGUCCAGAUAUAUCAGGAUCAGGAACAGGUAUAGGUCCCCAUAUUCUUGAGUUUACGAUUUUUCACAUCGCAAAUUAUGACCUUCGUGCAUUCGAAUACGCGUAUCAGAACUUGAUUAAAACAACGCGCGUCCAGAGGCUAUACGGGGGUACGUUCAAUUACGUCCAGUUUAACGCAGUGAGCGACGUGGGUAGAGAUUAUGACGCAGAUUUGCAAACAACCAAAUUCACCACUGUUUGGAGGUGGCAGAGUGGCUCGGGUGGACAAAAGCAGUGGUACGACGAGUUCGCCAGCCGCUCUCAAAGUGAGUAUGAAAGGCUAGGGCAUAUCAUUGACUGGCUUCGUACUGUCUUCAAGAGUGCCCAUAAUGUUCUUCUGAAUAUUGAGCCCAGCGAUUCAGCCCUUCCAGAUGUCGGUCAGGGAUGA